AUGGGCUCUAUUUUAUCACGAUUCAGUUCACGUAAAGAUGAAAAAUCAGACACAGAUUCACGUUCAGCAACUACUAUACGCAAACGUUUUAGUUGGAGAUCUAAUAAAAAGCCAACUGAUGUCGGUGGUACUUCAGUGAACCGAUCAAGUACUAUGCCUGCAAGAACUAGAUUACAACCAACUGAAGAAACUCCUGAGGACAGAAAACAUGAUGACAUUUUGAUAGUGAACAAGAUGAAAAGAGUUAUUCAAAAGCUAUUGUCAAACCAAAUCAAAAUGACGAUACUUCACAACAUUCAAGUGGACAACUGGAACAACACAAUGUAG